GCCCCAAAACAUGCGAAAUCUUCCUUUUCUUUUACCGUCGUCUCCCUAGGUCUGUCUUUGAAAUCAAACACAAAGACGGAGGCUCUGAAAUAAAGCCACGAGAAAGAGAGAGAAAGAGAAAGAGAAAGAGGGUCUUUCUGUAACAAUGAAUCUCCUCUCCCUCUAACUCUCUCAGAUUCCAUCCUCUCUUCUCUUCUUCUUUCGAUUUCGCUCCAAUGACGGGAUUCGCUCGCCCUCGCGAUCACGCUUCUUCUUCCUCGCACAAUUCCAACAGCAGUGGUAGCAAUGUAUUUAAUUUGCUUGCGAGGAGAGAGAUAUCACCCCGAUCAAAAUACGUGGCUAAGUGGCAUUGGGGAGAAGCUUCGAAGUCAAAGUCUAGUCCUUAUUCUCGUCCUAAAAAUGAAGUUGUGAGAGAUGCAAGGCGUGGUCUCCUUUCAUGGGUUGAGGCUGAGUCAUUGCGGCAUUUGUCAGCAAAGUAUUGCCCUUUAUUGCCUCCUCCACGGUCUACUAUUGCAGCAGCAUUUAGUUCAGAUGGGAAAGUUCUUGCCUCCACUCAUGGUGACCACACAGUAAAGAUAAUUGAUUGUGAAACUGGAAGUUGUUUAAAGGUGUUAGUUGGCCAUAGGAGGACACCGUGGGUGGUUAGGUUCCAUCCAUUGCAUCCACAUAUACUUGCUAGUGGGAGUUUGGAUCAAGAAGUUCGUUUAUGGGAUGCUAACUCAUCAGAGUGCAUAAUAUCUCAUCAUUUCUAUCGCCCCAUUGCAUCCAUUGCUUUUCAUGCCAAAGGUGAAAUAAUUGCUGUUGCAUCAGGCCACAAGUUGUACAUAUGGCACCACAACAAGAAAGGUGAAGCAUCCUCACCAGUAUUUGUGUUGAAGACUAAGCGCUCACUUAGGGCAGUGCAUUUUCACCCACAUGCUGCACCAUAUCUUUUAACUGCAGAGGUCAAUGAUCUUGACUCUUCAGAUUCCUCAAUGACGGAGGCAACAUCUCUUGGUUAUUUACAAUAUCCUCCGCCUGCUGUUUUUGUCACAAAUAUUCAUCCUACAGAACAUAUUAGUUUGUCCAGUGAACUACCUUAUGUGUCAUUACCUUUCUUCUUUAUGCCCUCAUAUCCCGCCGAUGAGUCAAGAGCAGAACUACAGCAUGCUAGUCAUGAUGUUGGCUCAGGUAGCAUGCAAAUUGAGUCUUCUGCCAUGGUACAGAUACAAGCGGACACAAGUGCAACAGAGCAAUAUGAGACUACAGUGGCUCCCAUGGAUACAUUCUCUGAGAUGCCCACCAGCUCUCAAACUGGUACAGAAUAUCCUGCUCAUACUUCUUUCUCUAAUGGAAUGGGAAUUGGCCUUAGUAAUCUCACAAUGGAUGGUAUGGAGACUGAUGAAACCAGACCUACUGAAGGAAGCCAGCAUGGAAAUUCUACUAAUACCUAUUCUCUGAAUGGCAUACUAAAUGGACUGUCAAGGCAAACUGCAAACCGCGGGGCUCACUCAGAGUUUGGUCAAUUUCAUCAGUUUUUUCCUUCAAGUUCAAGAGAUCCAGGUGGAUGGGAGUUGCCUUUUCUCCAAGGAUGGUUAAUGGGUCAAAGUCAAGUUGGUGUUCCUUCAAUGCUUCCUCACAUGGGUGUUAGUCGCGAUGUUCUGGCCCAACAGAUUGGUUCUUCCACAAUGGCAUCCACUUCUAAUGUUGAUGCAGCAAUGCCAUCUUCAGCAAUACCUGGUUCUUCAAUGAGGUCAGGUUUACGGAAUCAUUUUUCACAAUUCCGUGUACCUGUACCUGAAUCUGGCAAUCUUGCUGCUUCUGUUAAUACCUCACAUGAUGGAUCCGAUAUCCAAGCCAUCAUAAGUCGAAUUCAGUCAGAACUUGCUACAUCAGUGGCUGCUGCAGCAGCGGCAGAGUUGCCUUGCACUGUGAAGUUAAGAGUAUGGUCGCAUGACAUAAAAUAUCCCUGUGCCCCCCUCAAUGCCGACAAAUGCCGUCUAACAAUACCGCAUGCUGUCCUCUGCAGUGAAAUGGGUGCUCAUUUUUCACCAUGUGGUAGAUUUUUAGCUGCCUGUGUUGCAUGUAUGCUUCCUCAUAUAGAAGCUGAUCCAGGAUUACAUACUCCAGUACACCAAGAUCCUGGUGUUGCAACAUCGCCAACUCGACAUCCAAUCUCAGCACACCAAGUUAUGUAUGAGCUGCGGAUAUAUUCCCUUGAGGAGGCAACAUUUGGCUCGGUGCUUGCUUCACGGGCAAUUAGAGCAGCUCAUUGUCUAACUUCAAUUCAGUUCUCUCCUACAUCUGAGCAUAUACUACUUGCCUAUGGUCGACGCCAUGGUUCUCUUCUUAAAAGCAUUGUCAUUGAUGGAGAAACAACAUUACCCAUAUACACAGUGUUAGAGGUAUACAGAGUGUCAGAUAUGGAACUUGUUAGGGUGCUUCCUAGUGCAGAAGAUGAGGUCAAUGUGGCAUGUUUUCAUCCUUUUGCUGGGGGAGGACUAGUUUAUGGAACAAAGGAAGGAAAGCUUAGAGUCCUCCAGUAUGACGGUGCUCAUGCAGUGAGUGGCACUGGACCAAGUUACUUUCCUGAGGAGACCAUCAUUGGGGUCAGUCAGUGAGCAAGAUAAAUGCUCGAUGAUUAAUAAAAUCAAUGUCUGAUGAAGAUUAGGGGUAUGCUAUGCAGAUGAUGCAAUCCCCAAAAUUCAUGGUACUGAUGCAAGGAUCUUGGCAGAAACGUUUUCGUUGGUUGGGUGAAACAACCAUGACAUUUAACCUUCUAUUUUAAGGACAAAUUAGAAUAAUUGAAGCCAAAAUUGAUUUUAAAUUAUAUUUUCCACAGGUUGUAGUCAAUUUGAAUAUUUCUCCCUUCUGCUAUUAGAUCAAUAUUUCAGUGACUGCAAUUCUAGCAUUCUUCUGUGACCAUAAGAUAUUUGAUUUUAGUAGGGGUUCUAGAAGAUAAAGAAGUACAUAUUACUAGAUCUUGCCUGCUUGGAUGCUUCAUAUUGCCUUUUUUAUGCAAAAUGGGUCACCUCUAAAAUUUAGAGGACCCGUGUCAGAUGUAAAAAGGAGUAUUGGUGGGGUUUGUGAUGUGUGAAUUUGGUUGGAGUAAAAUGUAACAAUGGUUUCCGAGGAAGAGAUGAAUGAAAAAAUUGUUUGAUUGUUUCAAGUGAGUAUCUUUGACUUGCAGUAUUCACUUGUAGGACUAUAGCACACUCCCUUGUCCUUAUUUAUUUAACUCUUUGUUGAGUGAAUUUAAAGAACAUGCUAGCUUUUUUGUUUUUUGUUUUUAACAUGGCAAUUCCUUUACGUUAUUGUGAUCUGGACCACAAU